AUGGUUUUCCAGAGCAGGCCAUCAGAGGCAUCUCCAGAUGAGGACAGCAUAGACUGCCUGUAUGGGUGGAAUGUGGAUUUCCUGAUCCAGUGCUAUGUGGAGAACUGUGAGACCCUGCUCAUCUCCUCGGGGCUGCAGGUGCAGGAUGCCCAGCUCCCCCCAAGCCCAGGAACCCACUGCCCAGUCUGUGUGAACCAGCUGUGUCCCACUGAGAAGCCACCAACCCUCUGCUGCAUGCACUACUGCUGCAAGCCCUGUUGGAGUGAGUAUCUCACAACUCGCAUUGAACAGAACAUGGUUGUCAACUGCACCUGUCCCAUAUCUGAGUGCCGUGCACAGCCAACUACAGCCUUCAUUUGUUCCAUUGUUUCCUCCAAGGAGAUUAUAGACAAGUAUGAAAAAGCCCUCCUCAGAGGCUAUGUUGAGUGUUGCUCCAACCUGACAUGGUGCACCAACCCUCAGGGCUGCGAUCAGAUCCUCCUUAAGGAUGGACUUGGCUAUGGGGCAGCCUGUUCCAAGUGCUCCUGGAUGUCCUGCUUCAACUGCAACUUUCCAGAGGCCCAUUAUCCUGCCAGCUGCAGCCACAUGUCUCAUAUGACGUGUGCAAAGUGUAACCAUGGCUUCUGUUGGCGUUGCCUCAAGCCCUGGAGGCCGACUCAUAAGGAUUAUUACAACUGCUCUGCUAUGGUGAGCAAAGCAUCUUGGCAGGAGAAGCGUUUUCAGGAUUACAAUGAGAGAUGCACCUUUCAUCAUCAUGCAAGGGAAUUUGCUGUGAGUCUGAGGAACAGAGUUUCUUCCAUCAGUGAGAUGCCAAAAAUUAGGACUUUGAACUUUGUUCUUGAUGCCUGCAAACUGCUAGAACAGGCACGGAAGGUGCUGGCCUAUUCCUGUGUGUACAGCUACUAUAACCAGGACACUGAGAGCAUGGAUAUUGUGGAACAGCAGACUGAGAGCCUGGAGCUGCACACUAAUACUCUGCAGAUCCUUCUGGAUGAAGGUGGCAAAGAGGUUGAAGAUGAGGAGUAUGAACCACAGUGGCAGGAAGACUAUGAUGAUGAUGAUAACUUUGAUGAAGACAACUUCCUGUUUGAUGAUGAGUCAGAUAACCUUGAUUGUGACUCUUACUUUGAUGAUGAUGAUACCUAUGACUAG